AUGGCUAGUGGACUACGGAUAUUAGUGCCCGUCAAGCGGGUGAUCGACUACGCGAUCAAACCCCGCAUCAACAAAUCUCAAACCGGUGUCGAAACCGCUGGCGUCAAGCACUCCCUCAACCCAUUCGACGAGCUCUCCGUCGAAGAAGCCGUCCGCCUCCGCGAGCGCAAGGGUCCCCUCCAGGUCGAGAACAUCCUUGCCCUCUCCGCCGGCGGCCCCAAAGCCCCUGAUGUCCUGCGCACGGCGAUGGCCAUGGGCGCCGACCGGGCCUUCCACAUCGACGUUCCCGAUGCCGAGGGCUCGCCCGAGCCUCUGACCAUCGCGAAGAUGCUGAAGGGCGUCGUGGAGAAGGAGAAUAUCAACCUCGUGCUGCUGGGCAAGCAGGCGAUCGACGGCGACCAAGGGCAGACGGGCCAGAUGCUCGCGGGACUGCUGGGAUGGCCGCAGGCGACGCAGGCGAGCAAGAUCGAUAUCAAGGAUGCGGAGGGCACCGUGGAGAUUACGCAUGAGGUUGACGGCGGUGUGGAGACGCUGAAGGCGAAGCUGCCGCUGGUUAUCACGACGGAUCUGCGGUUGAAUGAGCCGCGGUAUGCUAGCUUGCCGAAUAUCAUGAAGGCAAAAAAGAAGCCGCUGGAGAAGAAGACGCUCGCCGAUUUCGGGGUCGAGGAUACCCGUCGCUUGAAGACUAUUAAGGUUACCGAGCCUCCGCCACGCAAGGGUGGCGGCAAGGUGGAGGAUGUCGAUGGUCUGGUUGCCAAGCUGAAGGAGCUGGGUGCCCUCUAA